GCCUCAGUGGGGCGGGGCUCUGCGGCGGAGUCGAAAAGUGGCGGUUUGCUAGGGGCGGUUUCCUUAGUCUCCAAGGGAGUGGGACCCCGGUCUUCAGAAGCAGGUUUUUAUCUGGCCCUGGACUCCCCGCCGUUCAGCAUUUCCUGCAGUAACCGGUUACCGAUUAUUUCAACCCAGGAGUCACAGAUGCCAGGAAGGAUGGCUCCCCUCAAGAAGCCUCGAAAUACCCCAAGGCUGCCCCUGGCAUUAAACCCUCUGAAGAGCAAGGACGUGUUGGCAGUGCUGGCUGAGAGGAACCAAGCUGUAGUACCAAUUGGGGCAUGGGUGGAACCUGCCUCACCAGAUAGCUCGGAAAUCCCAGCUUAUACUUCAGCAUGUGUGAUUGAAGAAGAACUAAAGGAACAGCUAAGAAAGAAACAAGAAGCUUUGAAGCAUUUUCAGAAUCAAGUCAAACGCCGAGUAAAUCAACAUGUUAGGCUGAAAAAAAAACAACAGCUUCAGAGGUCUUUUGAAGCAGCAGAAAAAGAAGGCUCUAUAGCCAUGCAGUCUUCAGAUCCUGCACACUUAACUCGUAAAAGGAGAACAAGUGUUUUUCCAAACAAUUUGAAUGCUGCUAUUGGAAGCUCUUGGUUACCCCCUUCUCCAGAAGAUGAAGAGAAUCAGAAUGAAUUAUUCCAACAGCAAGCCCAGGCUCUCAGUCAAACCAUGAAACAGGUGUGUCACCGGCUGGCAUCCCUUAAAACUAUGGGGAAAAAAAAGGCAUCAGUGUUUCCAGAUGAUGAAAGGAAAAGUGUUCCCACCCAAGAGAAAGGACUAUCUAGGAAGCCCGCAUCCAUCAGGAUAAAUAUAGAAAAAAGAGAUGAAUUCCCUUCGAAGGCCCAUCAAAGUCUUUCAGCUUCUGUGCAUUAUCAGAACUUUAUGCAAAAUGAGAAACUUGACUCUGGAGAAUCUUCAUCUAUUGUGACAGUUGAGAAAUGGAGAGGGAAUCACCUUUCUGAAAUCAAGGACAAGCCUUUCAAUAGAGUUCAGAAAGUACAAUUCAAAAAUCCAUUAUUUGAUGUGGCGGAAGAGGAAGAGCUAAAUGAGUUACAUCUCCAGGAUAUUUUGCCAGAAGCCCAGGAUUAUCUUCCAGAAGCUCAAAGUGAUCUGUCAGAAACCCAGGGUGAUUUGCCAGGGAUCCAGAAUGUUAAGCCAGAUGUUCAGGCUAUUGCUUUGGAAUUUCAGGCUGGUGAGCUGGAAACCCAGGCUGGUGAGCUGGAAACCCAGGCUGGUGAGCUGGAAACACAGCCUUGUGAGCCUGAAGCCCAGGCUGGUGAGACUGAAGCCCAGGCUGGUGAGCCCAAAGGCCAGGCUGGUGAGACUGAAGCCCAGGCUGGUGAGCCCGAAGCCCAGGCUAGCGAAACUGAAGCCCAGGCUGGUGAGACAAAAACUCAGGGUGUUAUGUUCAAAGCCCAGAGUAUUGAGCGAGAAAAUGAGAGUAUUGUGCUGGAAGCCCAUGAUUUUCUACCCCAAAACCAGGAUUUUCUACCCAAAGACCAGAAUUUUCUAUCCAAAGACCAAGAUGCUCUACUCAGAGACCAAGAUGUUUUACCCAAAAACCAGAGUAUUCUCCCCAAAGACCAGGAUAUUCUGCCCAAAUGUCAGGACCAGGACUUUCCACCCAAAGACCAGGAAACAUACUUCAGGCAGCCAUCACCUGCUUUGACAGCUGAAAGAUGGAAAAAGGAACGGCCCACAAGUGCCCAACAGUGUCUUUUAUCCAUGUUCCCUAGCCAGCCCUCCACCAGAAAUCAGUUAGACCAAGAAGAAGAAAGGGAUGAACAAGGAAAAGCAAAUUUAAAGCAGCCAGCAUUCAUUUUACUAGAUAGGAGAGAGAGAGAGGUAUUUCCUCUGGAUGUCCACCAGGAUCUUCUACACAAGUGUCAAGAUCAGGCCACCAUCAGGUACAAGAAAGUACGCUUCAGGGAGCCAUAUUCUGAUACGACAGAGGAGAGAGAGAGAGAAGACUUUGCUCUGGCAGGCUCUCGGUGUCUGCCUCCUAAACUCCAGGACCAGACCUUCAUCAGAGAUCAGGUAGAGCAGAACAAAAAGAACGUGUUUCUCAAGCAGCCCUCAUCUUUUCUGAGAGAGGAGAGGGUGGCCCAGGAAUUGACUCAGGAGAACCAUCAGUGUGUUGAACCUAAAAUCCAGGACCAGGCCUUCUCUAGAGAGCAGAAUGUGUUUCCCAAGCAGCCCUCAUCUUUUCUGAGAGAGGAGAAAGUGAGACAGGAAUUGCCUCAGGAAAAUCAUCAGUGUGUUGUACCUAAAAUCCAGGACAAGACCUCCUCUAGAGAGCAGGACGUGUUUCCCAAGCAGCCCUCAUCUUUUCUGGGAGAGGAGAGAGUGGGACAAGAAUUGCCUCAAGAGAAUCAAUAUGUUACACCUAAAAUCCAGGACCAAGCUUCCCUUAAAGAACAGCACAGGAACUAUGGGCAGGACUCCUGUGAUAUGACAGAGAAGAGACUGAGAAAGGGGUUGUUUCUGGAGCACCAUGAGGAUGUUUUACGUGAGAUUCAGGAUCCAGGCUCUUCUAGAAAGCAGAACUUAUACUUAAGGCAGCAGUCAUCUUUUGGUACAGCUGAAAGAGAGCAAGAAGAUUUGCUUCUCGAUGGCCAUCAUCAUCUUCCACCGAGGCACCACAAAGAGGCUUCUAGCAGAAGACAGGUUUAUGACACAGAUCAAUCAGGACUGAACACUGAUUUCCAAGCUCUGCUGGCACUUCAGUCUGGACUAGAUCAAGAAGAAAACAAGAAAGUGCGUCAAAAGCAAUACCUGAGAUACAAACGACUUUUCAUGGAUAUUGAGCGAGAACAAGUAAAGGAACAACAAAGGCAAAAAGAACGUAAGAAGAAAAUUGAAAAAAUUAAGAAAAAGAAAGAGCAGGAAAGUUAUGCUGAAGAGCAGAGGAUCCCAAGAGUGACCCGUCCUGAAGAACCAUAUUCAGGGGAAAAUAUGAGUGAGAUAUUAGCCCAACUACAACUUGAAGAAACAAAAGGAGAAAAAGAAAAACAGAAACAGAGAGAAAAAGAAAUUCUAAGAUACGUAGAAGUUUUAAGAGCCCAGAUCCAGGAGAAAAUGCAGAGGCAUAAUAUUACUUUACCUCCACUAUGCUGUUGUGGUCCGGAUUUUUGGGAUGCUCAUCCUGAUACCUGUGCCAACAAUUGUAUUUUCUACAAAAACCACAGAGCGUAUACUCAGGCACUGCAAUCAGUGAUUGGUUCCUGUGAUACUCCUGAGGGAAACUCAACUCUUCGAAUCGCCAUCUGUAAUUUUGCUUCUUCACACAGACGGACUUUGAAAAAUCUGUAAUAAGAAUCUGAAAUCAAUUAGUAGUAUUUCAAUCUGCACUUAAAAUCAACCCUGAGCAAUUAUUUAGGAAAAGCUGUUAAAGUGUCUAAGGUGUAUAAUUCUGGAAAGAAAGGGUGUUCCUUAUAACAGCUGUCUCUGUAAUUAGUCCUAGCCAUUGUUUCCAGUCUCUGCCUUGAGACCAAGAUUGAAUGUUGACUUCCAAACUGAUCUCUUCUUUGUUGUAAACCAUAUGGAGCCUAUUGGUUUAAAAAAUGAGAAAUCAGACCAGAAGGGUUUCUCUACUUUGCUCUGAUCCAGAGGCGACUAGGAGAAAUCUUUGAGGUGAUUUCAUUUAUUAUCCUUAUAAAGCCAUAACUUUGAUCUUGAUAAAAUUUAAGGUGUCUAGACGAAGCAGAAAAGAAGGUGGCGAAACCAUUUUUUGAGCAUCAGUGGCUAUCUGUUGCUGUUAGCUUUUCUGAUUGUGUAUAACAAUUGGAGAUGAGAAAAAUCUGAAUUUUUAUACAUUUUCUCCUCAAAAUUUUCUAUUUUUUAUUCAUUGUUUCUUUCCCCAUUCAGUGACAUUGCACACAGCUUUUUAAAUUUUAUAAUUUUUAUUACAAAAAAAAAAAAAAAGAUGAAUAACCCUCUGUCUUUUGAGCAUCUUCUAUGUGAAAUAACUGUGACAGUUCAAAAAGUGAAUCUGAAGGCAAAGUGAGGAAAGUCCUGCCUUAUUACUCCAUCUUUUUAAAAAUAAUCUGGCGAAUGACAUACAUACAGAGCAUAUGAAAUAAAAAUUGCUAUCUUUAGUACAAAUUUGAUAUUUUUUCACAGUAUUUCCUGACAUAAAAUAUAAGAUGUGUACUACGAUAAAUUAAAGACAGAUACUAACAAUUGCUUUUGUCUGCUUUCCUAAUGUUUAAUGGUGACGGAACACUUGGGUUACAUCUCCAAAAAUGUCAUUGAAAAUAAGAAUCAAAAUUACCUGUGUGACAAGAUUGGCUAUUUAUCAGAUUAAUUAUCCAAUUGAAUCAAAAUCCUUGAAGUAAUUAUAUCCCUGAUUCAGCCUUUUUUUCGUUUGUUUUUUAAACAAUGUUAUUGAGAUAUAAUUAACAUACAUUCAAUUUACUCAUUUAAAGUGUACAAUUCAAUGGUUUUUAGUGUAUUUACAAAGUUGUGCAUCUAUCACCACAGUGUAUUUUAGAAUAUUUUCAUCACUCCACAGAGAAACUCCUAUACCCAUUACGAGUUUCUCCCCAUUUCCCACAACUCACAUCCUAUGCCCUAGGUAACCACUAAUCUAGUUUCUGUCUCUAUACAGUUACCUGUUCUGAACUUUUCAUGUAAAUGGAAUCAUACAAUAUGUGGUCUUUGUGACUGGCUUCUUUCAUUUAGUAUGUUUUCAAGCUUCAUCCAUGUUAUAGCAUGUAUCAGUACUAUGUUCCUUUUUAUUGCCAAGUAACAUUUCAUUGUAUAGAGAUACCACCUUUUAUUUAUCCAUUUAUCAACUGAUGGAUAUUUGGGUUUUUUCCAUUUCUUGGCUAUUAUGCAUAAUGCUGCUAUGAACAUUUGUGUACAAGCCUUUCUGUGGAUAUAUGUUUUAUUUUUCUUGGGUAUGUACCAAUGAGUGGAAUUGCUGGGUCAUACAGGUCUUCUUUGAAGAACUGUCUAUUCAGGCCCUUUACCCAUGUUUUAACUGAGUUAUUUGCCUUUUUAUUAUUGAGUUAUAAGAGUUAAUAUAUUCUUUAUACAGAUCUGUAAAAUGGUGGGAGUAAUAGUGUCAGAACCUGUCAACUUCAGGGGAGAUAAUACAAAUCAAGAUCAGCCUGAGGAGGCAAGAUCAAGAUGACGGAAUGGUUACAUGCUUCCUGUGGUCCCUCUUACAACAAAGACCCAAGAAAACAAGUGAAUUGAUUAUAUAUGACAAUCUAGGAACCCUGAACAUCAAAGGCAAAGUUGAGGAAUCAAACUGAGUGGCAGGGGGAGGAAGAGACAGUUCAGAAGCAGUGAGGGGUUGCCAGACCUGACCCGGUGGGAACUAGCACCCUACAGGCUGGAUCAGCUGGCUCGUGUGGUGAGGCAAGCAGUGGCAUUUGGGACGCAUUUUCCACAUUGGGAAAGACCGAGUGGCAGAAAGUCUGCUCAAGCCUCCGGGGUCAGCAAGAAGUGGCAAUCAAUUGGCAAACAGUAAGUACAUGCAUCUAACCUACCAGGCAGAUCAAAAAACACCCCCUUUGGGAAGAAUCUCUCCCAUUUACCUGCCAACUCUCCACUCUGCACUGGGUCCCAGGCUGCCUUCAGCAAUUGCCAUGCCCCCUGGGCUGGAAGUAGGACCCGCGUGUGCCAUGAGCCAUUCUCCUGGCUUUGGAGAGGAAACAAAUUGACAAACAGGAAAAAAUACUCUGCCAGCUACCGUAAACCAGGAACUGAGGGCAGGCACAGCCCCUUUGCCUAGACACAGGGUUAAGAGGUUCAUGGACUUUGAAUGCCUUUCACCACUGCAUAGACCUGUGUGGGCUUAUUUGAAGAGCGUACGCCCUUAUUAGCACAGUACAACAGGGUAUAUACCUGAAGCCUAUUUUCAGCUGUAUCAGCUAUAGGAUGGAGUGGCAGAUUCAAGACAUUUGACACCACUUUGCCCAUUAAGCAGAGUCCUCAUCUACCUAUAUCUGGAGCCUGGGGACCGGUGGCUGCACCCAUGCCACCUAGCCACCUGCAACAGGGGUCCAAGAAUAAGUGGUGCCUCCCAGUUCUUACAGCCAACAGCAUUGGGUGCCCAUAGUUUGGCUGCAAAAUCCUCCCACCUACGCAUUCUAGGGAACAGGGAUGCACUUUCCUCCUAGACGCUUGGGGCGCUGUCAACCCCCUGCCUUGCUCAGUGUGUGACCCUCUCCUGCAGCCAGAUACCUGUGCCUACUCUAACUGUCCCUGCCUGUUUAGGACUGUAGGUGAGAGCCUGUACCACACACUUGGUGACUUACCUGGACACCUAAGCUGAAUCCAUACAAGAAAACUAAGCAGACUCAUGGGCUCACAUACCUAGUAACAGGUCUGACCACCUGGUGACAGGAUGUGAGAGCUUCAAAGAUGCCAAUAAUCAAACUAGCUUGCACAACCAGCCUAUUUGGACAUAUCUAAACCAAAACAAAACAAGAAGAUAGACACAGUAAGCAAACAUAAAUAUAUUAACUUAUUGAUGGCUCAGAGACAACAGUCUAUAUCAAAUCACAUAAAGAGGCAGACUAUGAUGGCUUCAGCAAGUGCCCAAAACAAAUAAUCAAGAAAUCUUCUGGAGGAAGAUAACUUCUUGGAAUUACCAGAGGUAGAAUUCAAAAGAUUAAUACACAGAGCUCUUCAAGAGUUGAGGGAGGAGAUUAGGCAAAAUGCACAACAAGCCAAGGAACACACAGACAAAGCAAUAGAGGAGCUUAAGAAGGUUAUACAAGAGCAUAAUCACAAAUGUAACAGGCUGCAAGAACCCACAGAGAGAUGGCAAACAGAAAUCCAAAAAAUUAAUAAAAUUUCAGAAUUAGACAACUCAAUAAAAAGUAAUAGGAGCAGAAUUUAGGCAAUGGAAAUCAGAAUUAGUGAGACUGAAGAUAAAACACUUGACACCAACUUAUUUGAGGAAAAAUCAGAUAAAAGAAUUGUAAAAAACGAAUAAGCCCUAGGAAUUAUGUGGAACUCUAUCGAGAGGAAUAACCUACCAGUGAUUGGAGUACUAGAACAGGGUGUUGCGGGGGGUAACAGAAAAUACAGAGAGAAUUGUUAAAGAUUUGUUGGCAGAAAACUUCCCUGGUAUCAUGAAAGAUGAGAAGCUAUCUAUCCAAGAAGCUCAUUGAAACGGACACAAGGUAGAUACCAAAAGAAAGUCACCAGGACAUAAUCAAACUUGCUAAAAUGAAAGAUAAAAGAGAGAAUUGCAAGAGUGGCUAGGGAUAAACAGAAAAACAUCUACAAAACAGAGUUGACAAGAUUAGGUUUGGACUAAGCAGAAACCAUGCAGGCAAGAAGGCAAUGGGAUGACAUAUACAAAGCCAUGAAGGAAAAAAAUUGCCAGCCAAGAAUUAUAUAUCCAGCAAAACUGUCUCUCACAUAUGAUGGUGAAAUCAGGGCAUUUCCAGAUAAACAAGUUUAAGAAAUUUGUAAAAAAACAAACCAAAUUACAAGAAAUACUAAAGGGAAUUCUCCAGUUAGAAAAUCAGUAAUAUCAGAUAGCAACCCUAGACUAGAACACAGGACAGAACAACCAGAUAUCAACCCAGAUAGGGAAGUCACAAAUAAAGCUAAAACACUGAGAAUAGGGAAACAGAUGUCAAUAAUUGUAAAAGAUGACAACAUUAAAACAAAAAGGAGGGACUAAGCAACGUAGUGAUAGAUUUUUCAUAUGGAGAGGAAGUUGUGACAAAUAAAAGAUUGGUUUAAACUUAGAAAAACAGAGGUAAAAAUUAAGGUAACCACAAAUGAAACUAACAAUUGUGUACAUCAAAAUAAAAAACAAAGACAGCAAAUAAUAAAAUCAACAAAUGAAAAUAAUGAAAAGAGAAUACAUAAAAACAACUCAGGACAGAAAAUUAAGUGGAACAAAGAAACCGUCAACAACACACAAAAAAUACAUCAAAUGACAGUACUAAACUCAUAUCUAUCAAUAAUUACGCCAAAUGUGAAUGAACUGAAUGCACCAAUAAAGAGACAGAGUGGCAGAAUGGAUUUUAAAAAAUGAUCUGUCUAUAUGCUGCUUACAGGAGACACUUAGACUUAAGGACACAAACAAAGUAAAACUCAAAGGAUGGAAAAAUAUAUAUAUAACAAGCAAACAACAGUCAAAAAAGAGCAGGAGUGGCAAUAUUAAUCUCUGACAAAAUAGACUUAAAAGUUAAAUCCACAAAGGGUAAAAGAUACUAUAUAAUGAUUAAAGGGUCGAUAAACCAGGAGGACAUAAUAAUAAGUAUUUAUGCACCCAAUGACAGAGCUCCAAAAUACAUAAACUCUGACUGCAUUGGAAGGAGAAAUAGCUCCACAAUAAUAGGAGACCUCAACACACCACUUUAGGUGAAGGGCAAAACAUCCAGAGCAAAGCUUAAUAAAGACACAGAAGAUCUAAAUGCCACAAUUAACCACUUGAUCUCAUAGAUACAUACAGAACACUGCACGCAACAGCAGCCAAGUAUACUUUCUUUUCCAACGCACAUGGAACAUUCUUCAGAAUAGGCCACAUAUUAGGCCAUAAGCCAUGCUUUAACAGAAUCCAAAGCAUUGAAAUACUACAAAGCAUCUUUUCUGAACAUAAAGCCUUAAAAGUAGAAAUUGAUAACAGAAAAAGCAAGGAAAAAAAAAAAAUCAAACACAUGGAAACUGAACAACACCUUGCUCAAAAACCACUGGGUUAUAGAAAAAACUAAGGAUGGAAUAAAGAAAUUCACAGAAUCAAAUGAGAAUGGAAAUACAUCAUACCAGAACCUUUGGGACACAGCAAAAGCAGUGCUUGGUGGCCAAUUUAUAUCAAUAAAUGUACUCAUCCAAAAAGAAGAAAGGGCCAAAAUCAAAACAUUAACCCUACAACUUGAAUGAAUAGCAGCAAAAGAAGCCCUCAAGCACCAGAAGAAAACAAUAAAAAUUGGAGAAUCAAAUGAAAUAGAGAAUAGAAAAACAAUUGAAAGGGUUAAGAAGCUCAAAAGCUGGUUUUUUGAAAAGAUCAACAAAAUCAAUAAACCAAUGGCCAAACAAAAGAAAAACAGGAGAGGAAGCAAAUAACCUGAAUAAGAAAUGAGAUGGGUGAUAUUACAACAGACCCAACUGAAAUUAAAAGAAUCAUAUCAGAUUACUACGAAAAACUAUACUCAAACAAAUUUGAAAACCUAGAAGAAAUGGAUGAAUUCCUAGAAACACACUACCUACCUAAACUACCACAAUUAGAGGUAGAACAACUAAAUAAACCUGUAACAAAAGAAGAGAUUGAAAAGGUGUCAUGGAUUGAAUUAUGUCCCCCCAAAAAUGUGUGUAUCAACUUGGUUAGGCCAUGAUUCCCAGUACUCUGUGGUUGUCCUUCAUUUUGUGGCUGUAAUUUUACGUUAAAGAGGAUUAGGGUGGGAUUGUAACAGCCUUACCAGGUCACAUCCCUGAUCCAAUGUAAAGGGAUAAAAGGAAAAGGAAGCAAGCAGAGAGCUGGGAACCUCAUACCACCAGGAAAGCAGCCCCGGGAGCAGAG